AUGGACAGUAAAUCAAGCAAUCUCACCAACCUUGGCUGCGACUUUGUCGUGGCUACAACGCAGGCUACCAUAAAUUCUGGCCUGCUAAACUUUAUAGAUCAAGCACAACAGGAAGUCAAGUAUCUAUGCUACCUGGUGAAUCCGACGACUGGUGAACUGGAGGACCCAAUCACUCUCGAGGAAUUGAAGAAGAAGACUGGCGGCAUCAACCCCCCUUGCCAAGUUGGCAUCAAGAUGCAGAUCGGGAUACCGCGGGAAGCUGAUCCAAGAGACUUGUCCAUUAUCAACUUGGGUCAAAACGCCUACGGUGUCGAUUUCAACAUGUACUAUUCAGAUAUUACUGUCAUCGAAAACGAUCCUGUGAAGUGGGGAUAUUCGGACAGCUGGAAUAUCUGGGAGCAGCCCAGAGAUCAACCGUGGGCGGCUUCGUGCCUCGUCGAUCUCCUCCAGAGCAACCUCAGCCGAAACCUCGACGACCCUUAUCUCAACAGUCACCCAGACAUCAAGUUCCAACUCAUGCGGGCUCUGGACAGUCUGCCUGAUACAAAUUACCAUCUUCAACAGCUCCGUCUUGCAUGGAAUGACGCCGUGCCGCCGAAUGAUUUCGAUUUUCCCGGCAUGGACAUGAAAACAAAAGCUGGUGACUGUCUGCGGUCUUGCCUCUUCGAAGAGUAUCUAAACUUUGCCCUUGAGAACGCCAUGUCGCCCUUUGUCGUCACGGCUUUCGCAGAGACCUUUGAUGAUGGAUCUCAGUCCCUGACAGCAAUGCAGAGAUUGGUGAAUCCGCCAAGAGACAGCUCCGGCAACCCUAUAUCAAAUCCUUCGUCCUCCCAGAAAGCAAUCACUACGCUGGACUUUAUAUGCGCCAUCAAUAACAAUAAAUUGCCCAACAUUUCAGGUUUCAAUUGGAAUUGGGUGCUGCCCGAGGACGUCGACAGUAAGAGCGGUGUCAUGGCAAUUCGCCGCGGUAUAUUGGCUCAACACUUCUUGGAUGACUUCAAAGUCUCAAGUAUCAAAAAUAUGUACAAAGCAGUUGCACGGAAAGAAGAUAAUAACCGCCUACAGUUACUCAAUGGAGAGUGGCUUAGCGAUGCGACAGCUGAUCUUAUAAAUGACGAUGCGAGCCGUGUGCUCCAUAUCCAACUCGGAGUCCCUCCGAGUGAACCUCUACGGUCCUGGGAUGGAAACAAUGGGAUGGAAAUUUACAUCGGCAAAGGCAUUAAAUAUGCAAAAGUAGACAUUCAUCCCGGCUAUUCAUGUGACAUCUAUUUCGAAGGGCAAGAAUUCAGGGUUGAGCAGCGCAUGUGGAUCACAGCCGCGGUCGCUGCCGAGUUCCCACACGAGAAGGGGGAUUUAUCAGAGCAUAAACCGGUCGACAAGUAUUUGACGGAGAAAUACUCAUUGUCUAUCGACCAUCAGGGCCAGAUUAAGCUGCGAAAAACGGGUUCUACGUCUGCCGACAAAUCUGACCGCUGGCACAACGAUGGCGACGUUGACAGCGAUAACACCCAGGCAGCCAAGGAUGGAUUCUUCAACCACCUUUACCAGAUGAUGGGGGAGAUUGUUCCUACAGCUAUGGACAUGGAGGACGUUUUCCCGCCAAACAACUUCAUAUUUCCCGGUGCCCAACCCUUUGUGUAUAAAGAUGUCUUCUUCUCCGAGAAUCUGGACUUGAUAGCUAAAUUAAUGCAUAACUAUGCCUAUGAAGAGAUCAUCUCGCCAAAGGGGAAAUUUGAGGCGGUCAACGAUGAAGAGCCUGUUUCGAAGAUGAUUACAUUCUCAUGA